AUGUACGGAAUUCUGGAAAAAGCCAGGCUCUAUUUCACAAGAAAGACUCUACCAUCUUUGGAAGAAAGGAAAAAAUACGACUAUGAGUUUGCAACUUCCACCUCCUUCCAUGGGGUCAACAAUAUUAUUCAUACCAAGAGCAAGACACGCAAGAUCUUAUGGAUGGUAGUAGUCUUGGGCUCCAUUGUCCUAGUUGCCUGGCAGGUUUAUUGUCGUUUCUUCAAUUAUUUCAGCUGGCCCACCACAACCUCAGUUGUAGUUCAAUAUGUGGAGAAUAUUGAAUUUCCUGCUGUAACAUUUUGUAAUCUGAACAGGUUCCAAACUCAAGCAGUAGCUAACCUGAGCAUCGUUUUCUUUCUCUGGAGCAUAGUAUCUGGAGUUCUUCGUAUGUUCAGUACUGAUGAUACGUUUAGUCAAGAACUACAAGAUUUUUUUCAAGGGAAUCAAAAUUUCAGCAUCAAAGAAUUCACAAGAGAUAAUGGUUUCUAUCUCAACAGCAGCACAUUGCUGAGUUGUGAAUUUUUUGGGAAAAAAUGCCAUCCAAAGGACUUUGCUCAUGUCUUUACUGAAUAUGGGAACUGCUUUACUUUUAAUCAUAUUAACCUUCCUACAAGAAGAAGAGUUAGCCUUUCUGGAAGAGGCCUCAGUUUGAUUUUUGAUGUCAAACAGAGUCAGUUCACUGAUGAUCCUAGUCUUGGUUUUGUUGAUGCUGGCAUAACCUUUGCUAUCCACUCACCUAAAGAACCUCCCCGAUUUGAUGGUUUAGGUGUUUUUACACCAGUGGGGAUGCAUGCCCAUGCUGCAAUCCAAGAGGUAAAAACAAUUAUCCAAGAAUAUCCUUGGGGAGAAUGCAACCCAGAUAUCAAGCUUCAGCAUCAUCAAAUCUACAGUACAUAUGGAUGCCUACAAGAAUGCAAGGGCCACCUUAUACAAAAGCACUGUGAAUGUUUACCUUUUAUGCUGCCAGGAAAUGGCACAGAAUGUGAUUUGGAGAAAUUUUACAGCUGUGUUUCUCCUACUUUGUAUAAAAUAGAAUUCAUGGGAUUGUGCACAGUAGGAACACAUAAUUCCACAUGUCCAGUACCAUGUGAAGAAACAGAUUACCCAAUCACCAUCUCGUAUUCUACUUUUGCAAGUGAACAAGCUCUGAAAUUCCUAUCUGCAAAGCUGAAGAAAAAAACAGAAUAUGCCAGGAAUAAUCUUGUAUAUAUUGACAUUAAAUACCACAAUUUGAAUUACAAAAUGACCCAGCAGCAGAAGGCACUGAGUGUAUCAGAACUGUUAGCUGAUAUUGGUGGUCAACUGGGCUUAUUUUGUGGAGCUAGUAUGAUUACCAUAAUUGAAAUUGUCGAAUAUGUUUUCACCAACUUCUAUUGGAUGUGUAUUUUUCUUCUACUAAAAGCACCAAAAUUGCCUGAUUGGAACACUUCAAAUCAGAAUGAACAAAUGCACAAGAGAAGAAUACAAGAGUGCUAA